AAGUUACAAAAAUGGCAAGAACCAAACAAACCGCUCGUAAGUCCACCGGAGGAAAAGCUCCCAGGAAGCAGCUCGCCACCAAGGCUGCCCGCAAGAGCGCGCCGGCCACCGGCGGCGUGAAGAAGCCUCACCGCUACAGGCCCGGUACCGUGGCGCUGCGGGAGAUCCGCCGCUACCAGAAGUCCACCGAGCUGCUGAUCCGCAAGCUGCCUUUCCAGCGCCUGGUGCGAGAGAUCGCCCAGGACUUCAAGACCGACCUGCGCUUCCAGAGCUCCGCCGUCAUGGCUCUGCAGGAGGCCAGCGAGGCUUACCUGGUCGGCCUGUUCGAGGACACCAACCUGUGCGCCAUCCACGCCAAGAGGGUCACCAUCAUGCCCAAAGACAUCCAGCUGGCCCGCCGCAUCCGAGGGGAGAGAGCUUAGAGUCUCCCGGCUCCUGAUAUUUACACAACGGUUCUUUUAAGAGCCACCUCACUGUUCACUGAAGAUCACAUGUUCCUCUAAACAGACAAGUCACGUGUUUAUCUUACUGCAUAAAUAUAUGAAUUUGAAAGAGCGAUUUUUAUUGUUAUUCACGUGAUAACACGGACUUGGUUCAAGCCACGUGUCUAUACUAGGCAUUACGGUAGGAAGUGGUUUCACAUUCACGGGAAUCUUAACCCAAACCACAUUAACUUUGAGAAGUCCUUUUCAAGAUUGAUCUUAAGUCACUCCAUCAAAUUUUAGAGGUUCAUGCAUAUUAACUGGAAUCCUGAUAAAAAACCAUUACAUUUUAAUUAUAUUCCAAAUCAGUGAAAACUAGGUAGUCAUUAAUUCGUUCUAAACCAGGUGAAUGUGUAUGAAGUAGAAAUCGAAAACAAGACUAUACAUUUAUGC